CUGUGGGUCAGAUCUAGCAGAGCACUGCAAUAAAGUAAAAAUAAAAAAAUUCAUCUAGUUAGGUUAGUUUUUUUUAAUUUUAGUUAUUAUUUGAAACAUUUUUUUUCGGGAAAGUAAAGAAACAUCACCGAUAUCAGACUUUCAAGAAAUAUUAAUUUGAAAGUAAAGCAAAUUUCAGCAAUAAAUUAAAAAGAAAAAUAAUGACAACGAGAAACGGGAUGCUGCGUCUAGUUAUCGGAAUUAGUGUAAUUCUUGGUUGCAUUAUAACUGAAGGAGAAACAGUAACAAUAGAAGUACAAGAAAAAUUAGAACAUCUUAAUAGAUGUGAACCAAUAAAUAUCAAUUUAUGCUUGGAUUUGUCUUACAAUGAAACAGUAAUGCCAAAUUUAUUUAAUCAUCAAAACCAGGAAGAUGCUGGUCAGGAUAUGCAUAUGUAUGCACCGCUGAUAAAAUUACGCUGUAGUCCUGACAUACGUGCUUUCUUGUGUUCGAUGUAUGUACCAGUUUGUACUGGUUUUAAAAAAGCAAUACCACCUUGUCGUUCUGUUUGCAAACGUGCUAAAGCGGGGUGCAAUCAGUUCUUUAGAAACUUUGGAUUCCGUUGGCCAUCAGAUUUGAAGUGCUCGAAGUUUCCAGCUUAUAAUGAUCCUGAUAAAUUGUGUAUUGAGUUCACACCGAAUUUAGGAUUUCGUAUAAAUAAAUCGCAGCCAUGAUUUAAUUAAUGAUAUCUUCAACAAGGUGGCAUUAUCACUUUUGAACAUCAAGAAUUUUGAACAUCAGCAACAACUAAUUUUAAAUAAAACACUAUAAAUUGUAAAUAAUAAUUUAAUGCUAUUAUCACUUCUGUACAAAAGACGUUCAGCAGUCAAAAUGGCAGCAAAUUUCUUAUUAUACAAGCAUUAACUAAAUGUUAAAAGUUAUUAUAGUUUUAGGAAUUCUACCUAAACUAAAAGAUGUAACAAACUUUAAUCAAUGUAGUUUUGUAACUAAUUCAAUAAUUUAAGAAGAUUAUUGUUUUUUUUAACAAUUAACAUGUUAAAUUUUACAAUAAAUAAUAAAAUGAGAUUAUACUAUAAACCUUGCGGCUUUUACAGUUUUUUAUUAAACAUUCCGUACAGAUAAAGUUUUUUUUUCUAAUAACGGAAAUUUCUAUAUCCAUUACAUCAGAACUUAUAGACCAAUUUCGCUCACUUUUUAGCUCGAUCAAAAUAUGUAAGCAUUAAACGUGUAAAGGUAUAUAGCAAUCUAUUGAAAAUUGGUGCUAUAAUCAAUGUUAAAAAAUGCGUAAAAUAGUACACGUCCCAAUCUGCGUGUUUUCCACCCUCGCCUUCGGCUCGGACAGGCAAUUCCACACGAGGGUUGGGAUAUCUUACUUGGCUGCGUAACAAAAUAUCCGAAGACAAAAUAAUAAGUGCGACAAAAUAUCCGCGGACAAAACAUUCUCACGACAAAAUAACCGGAAAAGUAAGAAUCAGUUGACAAAACAAUCGUGACAAAAUAUCUGUGACAAAACUUGUGCUCUUUUUCACGACUUUGUCUGUGUGUAAUUAAAAGAAUAUACUCAUGCAUAAAAAAGGGUGAAAAAUUACACUAAAAUCCUGAAAAACCCCGCAAAUGAUAACUAAAAUUAACUUAAUUUUUUCUCAGCAAAUUAAAUCCGAAGAGAAGUAAAUCAUUUUUUAUUUUCUUAAACAACCAAAAAUAUUUAAAAAACCAUAAAAUUAAAGAAGUUUCGAGAUUUUUUUUUCUACUAAUUUUUUUACAGUAUACCAAGUCAAUAGAGAUAGAAAUACCUCGUUAAAAAUAUUUUUGAAACCAUGAUUAAUAUAGAAAAAUCAUUUUUUUGAUUUAUUAAAUUUUUAAACAGCCAUAACUAAUAACAAAAAUUGUUUUUUUU